AUGCCUCAACUCAAACUCUUUAUAACGAGCCGGCCAGAGCCAGACAUCACGGCGAUACUCCAGGGUAGAGCGAUUGUACGCGGAAUGCAUUUCAAGAUGCACGGCAAAGAGCAGCAGUCCAACUUGGAUGAUAUUAGGUCCUACGUCGACGUGCAUCUCGUCAAACUGCUUACCGCGCCUCAGCGCCAGCAGAUUGUGGAACGCUCGAACGGACUUUUUAUUUGGAUCACGACAGCACAUCUCGAGCUACGAGGGGCUCAUGGUCCGGACGCACUUGGUGCAACUCUCAGAUCCCUCUUGACACGAGGCAAGGGUGGAGAUAUUAACCAGGUUUAUACAAGCAUCCUUCGUCGACUGCGACGAGAGCCGUCCAGUGGUACCAUACACAAGGUUAUGGGCACUAUCCUAACCUUGUUCGAGCCGGUGUCAACGGAGGCUCUGGAGGAGAUGACUGGGAUUGCAGACUCUGAGCUAAGACUGAUCUUAGGGUCGAUGCAAAGUGUAUUUCGGGUGGAGAGUGUGGUAGAGUUUCUACAUCCGACGUUUCGAGAAUACCUUCUCAGUCCAUACAACGUGGAUAUGCCAUUCGACUCGACAGCAAUGCAAUCAGACUUGGCCUUAUCUGUGCUCACAGUGCUUCAGAAGGAUCUCAAGGAGGACGUUUGCGGCAUUUCCGUGCCGAAUGAGCCUUAUCCAAAGAAUACCGACGUCGUGGAUCUGGAUGAGCGCCUGAAACGAUUAUGGGCAAGUCGUCCGGCACUACCUUAUGCAGCAAAGUACUGGGGCUAUCAUGCGUCUACCGUUGUAACGGAGAAACAUGUGCUCCAACUGCUGCAAAGGUUUUUAGAAAAUCAAAUUUUGUACCUCGUGGAGCUGUUAAGCUUGAUGGAUCAUGUACAUCUUAUUCGAAAUUUCGAGGAGAUUCGGCGAAGUUGUGAAUGCCAAGGGUUGGGUGAUGAGGUCGAGGUAUGCCAUGAUACAGUUAGACUUGUCCAGAGGCAUCAAGAAACACUAGAGAAGAGUGCGCUGGAUAUAUACACUUCAGGGCUACUAUUCCUCCCUCGAAAGUCACACCUGUGGACGAUAUACAAGAGCAAGUUUGCAGAUCGACUACCAAAAAUCAUUGGAGGACCAUCAGUGCAUUGGCCCUCACACCAGACUCUGACCGGACAUACCAGGGAUGUCGAAUGUCUGGCCUUCUCACCAGAUGGGCGCCAUCUCGCGUCUGGAUCUGAUGAUUGCACUGUACGCCUGUGGGAUGGGACCAUUGGUGCAAGCCUUGGGACGCUUGAGGGACAUACCGAUUGGGUCCAAUGUCUGGCCUUCUCACCAGAUGGGCGCCGUCUCGCAUCUGGAUCUCGGGAUUGCACUGUACGCCUGUGGGAUGGGACCACCGGUGCAAGCCUUGGGACGCUUGAGGGACAUACCUUUUGGGUCCAGUGUCUGGCCUUCUCGCCAGAUGGGCGUCGUCUUGCGUCUGGAUCUCGGGAUGGCACUGUACGCCUGUGGGAUGGGACCACCGGUGCAAGCCUUGGGACGCUUGAGGGACAUACCAGGGAGGUCGAAUGUCUGGCCUUCUCACCAGAUGGGCGCCGUCUUGCAUCUGGAUCUAAGGAUGGCACUGUACGCCUGUGGAAUGGGACCACCGGUGCAAGCCUUGGGACGCUUGAGGGACAUACCUUUUGGGUCCAAUGUCUGGCCUUCUCGCCAGAUGGGCGCCGUCUUGCGUCUGGAUCUCGGGAUUGCACUGUACGCCUGUGGGAUGGGACCACCGGUGCAAGCCUUGGGACGCUUGAGGGACAUACCCAUUGGGUCCAAUGUCUGGCCUUCUCGCCAGAUGGGCGCCGUCUUGCAUCUGGAUCUCGGGAUUGCACUGUACGCCUGUGGGAUGGGACCACCGGUGCAAGCCUUGGGACGUUUAAGGGACAUACCGGGGAGGUCGAGUGUCUGGCCUUCUCACCAGAUGGGCGCCGUCUUGCAUCUGGAUCUCAGGAUCGCACUGUAUGCCUGUGGGAUGGGACCACCGUUGCAGGCCUUGGGACGCUUGAGGGACAUACCAGGGAGGUCGAAUGUCUGGCCUUCUCACCAGAUGGGCGCCGUCUUGCGUCUGGAUCUCGGGAUGGCACUGUACGCCUGUGGGAUGGGACCACCGGUGCAAGCCUUGGGACGCUUGAGGGACAUACCAGGGAGGUCGAAUGUCUGGCCUUCUCGCCAGAUGGGCGCCGUCUUGCAUCUGGAUCUCAGGAUCGCACUGUACGCCUGUGGGAUGGGACCACCGGUGCAAGCCUUGGGACGCUUGAGGGACAUACCGGUGACGGUCCAAUGUCUGGCCUUCUCGCCAGAUGGGCGCCGUCUUGCAUCUGGCUCUGGGGAUGGCACUGGGUCUCAGUGUCUGGCCUUCUCGCCAGAUGGGCGCCGUCUUGCGUCUGGCUCUGGGAUGGCACUGUACGCCUGUGGGAUGGGACCACCGGUGCAAGCCUUGGGACGCUUGAGGGACAUACCGAUUGGGUCCAGUGUCUGGCCUUCUCGCCAGAUGGGCGCCGUCUUGCAUCUGGAUCUGGGAUGGCACUGUACGCCUGUGGGAUGGGACCACCGGUGCAAGCCUUGGGACGCUUGAGGGACAUACCAGGGGUCCAGUGUCUGGCCUUCUCGCCAGAUGGGCACCGUCUUGCAUCUGGAUCUUGGGAUCGCACUGUACGCCUGUGGGAUAUCACCACCCCACCAGUUUGGAACACUCCUUACUCAAUCAUGCUUUCACCAGGCAUUUAUAUUUCUUCCAAGGUGGACAUUUACAUGUGGACAAUGGACCAGUACUCAAUGUCUCCCACAAUCGCCUUCAGUCACUCUCAUCUCCAUGUCCGAGUGUCACGCCCAACCAUGAGCAUUCCACAGUAG